GAUCACUGUAUCAGGGGAGGACUCAGCAGCUUCCAACCAUAUCAGUUCCCCGUUGCCGAGAAACGCGCGCGAGCAGAGAAGAUGGACGCGUCGCCGUCGUCGUUUUCGUCAUCGUCGCCGGCGCCGGCUUCGAAAGUACACCUAGCUCUCGCAGCGUUCUUCGGCGCGUCGGUGAUGGCAAUCUCCGCCUUCUACAUCCACAAGCGCAGCGUCGACCAAGCUCUCGAUCGCAUAAUCAACCUCCUCCGCCGCCAGCCUCCGUUCCCCUCGGCCGAAUCUGUUCCGGAAUCCGGCUCAGAAACCGAAGAAGUAAUUGAUAUCUUAUUAAAUGACAGGAAUUUCCACAGCCGUCAUAAUCUAUCGGAAACUGCUCCUGUUCAGAACGGAGCCGUUUACCAUUGCGGCGAUAAGGUGUUGAGGAAAUACAGAGUUUCAUCUUCUAUGCCUAACACCGGUCUUUCGAACCAGUGGAUUGACGGGGACGCGAAUUCCGAUGGGCCGUUGGAGACCACUGAAAUGAUGGAGCUCAAUACGCAGGCACCUUCGGAUUUGCCCUCUCUAAGAACGAAUCGCCCAGAAGGAGAAAACCAAUACAAUGAUGGUUUUGAUAUGAAGGUACAUGUUAAGUCUGCUGGUAGGCAAAUGACUCCAAAAACCUCUAUUUCAAACACAUUGGAGGGUGAUCUCCAUGAUGAAGAAGAUGAGUUCCUUCAAGAAGAUAUGGAAAUCAUUCAUGAUGAUGAUAUCAUUCCAAAUGUCCAAAAUAAAUUAAUCACUCAGUCUCAAGCAGAAAAUGGCAUUCAUCAUCAUGGUCAGCCACAUAAAACAGUUGCAGAUGAAGGAAAACCCAAUGUUGACCAUCAUGAUAGAAAGGCGGAUUCAAGUCUAGGACACAUUAAGGCCACCAACCACAUCUUUAGUGGUAUCUUACCCCAGGUGACUACAACGAAUGAGACAAUUAACAUUGAAGAGGAAGAGGUUUUGAAGAUGAUCCGUGAAUGUUUAGAUUUGAGGCAAAGGUAUAUUUUCAAAGAAAGUACUGUUCCAUGGAUGAGGGCAGCAGAUGGCGAACCAAAUGUAAAAAAGAACCCGUUUCAAUUUGUUCCUCGUGAAGCAACUGGUCACUAUUUUAAGAUGGUUGAUGGAGUAGUUCGUGUUUAUGCUAGUGAAAAUGAUACUGAAGAACUUUUCCCUGUUGCAAAUUCAACAACGUUUUUCACUGACAUGCACUAUCUCCUAAAAGUGAUGGCUGCUGGCAGUGUCCGUUCUGCUUGCCAUCACAGGUUGCGAUUGCUGGAGGAGAAAUUUCGGCUCCAUUUGCUGGUAAAUGCUGAUAGGGAAUUUUUAGCACAAAAGAGUGCACCUCAUCGUGAUUUCUACAAUAUCAGAAAAGUUGAUACACAUGUACAUCAUUCUGCUUGUAUGAACCAGAAGCAUCUCCUCCGGUUCAUAAAGUUAAAACUAGAAAAAGAACCUGAUGAGGUUGUUAUAUUCCGUGAUGGGCGGUAUCUCACGCUAAAAGAAGUCUUUGAGAGUUUGGACUUAACAGGGCAUGAUCUUAACGUUGAUUUGCUGGAUGUUCACGCUGAUAAAAGUACAUUUCAUCGUUUUGACAAAUUUAACCUCAAAUAUAAUCCUUGUGGUCAAAGCAGACUCAGAGAGAUCUUUCUGAAGCAGGACAACCUUAUACAAGGUCGUUUCCUAGGCGAAGUGACAAAGGAAGUCUUGUCAGAUCUCGAAGCAAGUAAAUACCAGAUGGCUGAAUAUAGAAUAUCUGUUUAUGGAAGGAAACAAAGUGAAUGGGAUCAAUUAGCUAGUUGGUUCGUAAACAAUUCGAUUUAUAGUGAGAAUGCUGUUUGGUUAAUUCAGUUACCACGUCUAUACAAUAUCUACAGAAGCAUGGGAACUGUUACAUCCUUCCAGAAUAUUUUGGAUAACUUAUUCAUUCCUCUAUUUGAAGUCACUGUCAACCCAAAUUCACAUCCUCAAUUGCACUUAUUCCUAAUGCAGGUUGUCGGUUUUGACAUUGUUGAUGAUGAAAGUAAACCGGAAAGACGACCUACUAAACACAUGCCAACCCCAACUGAAUGGACAAAUGAGUUUAAUCCUGCAUUUUCCUAUUAUGCUUACUACUGUUAUGCAAACUUGUACACGCUCAAUAAGCUUCGUGAGUCAAAAGGAUUCCCAACAAUAAGAUUUCGACCUCAUUGUGGGGAGGCAGGGGACAUUGACCAUUUAGCUGCUGGAUUUCUUUUGUGUCAUAACAUUGCACAUGGAAUCAAUUUGCGCAAAUCACCUGUCUUGCAGUAUCUGUUCUUUCUCGCUCAGAUUGGACUGGCAAUGUCUCCUCUAAGUAACAAUUCACUUUUCCUGGACUACCAUCGCAAUCCCUUCCUUAUGUUCUUCCACCGUGGGUUGAAUGUUUCCCUUUCAACUGAUGAUCCUUUGCAAAUUCAUCUGACAAAAGAGCCCCUAGUGGAAGAAUACAGUGUUGCAGCUAAGGUCAGGCUUAUAUCUUAUGCUACUUCCAUCCUAGUGUUCGUCCAGAUUGACUUUUUGCAGUAAAACUUGAAUUUUGAUCAUUAAUUAAAUAAAAAUUGCAUUACAUUAUUACAUAUUACUAGAAAAUUGAUUUAAUUAGAUUUAUCUUGUAAAUAUAUUCCAAAAUUUAUUCUAUUUUAUUGUUAUACAAUAAAAUAUUUAUUUAGUUAAUGAUCAAAAUUUAUUGAGUUUGAGUGCAAACAAGUAAAAAAGGACAAACGUUCUGGAAUGGAGGUAGUAUAUUUUUUCUGUCAAAAGAGAACAUCAAUGUGUUUCCUUGCUGAGUUAUGCUAUUUUUUCCAGGUUUGUGAGAUAGCGAGGAAUUCUGUUUACCAGUCUGGAUUUUCUCAUGCUGACAAGUUGCAUUGGCUUGGGAACAAAUAUUUCAAGAGAGGCCCGGAAGGGAAUGACAUUCACAAGACAAAUGUACCAAACAUGAGGAUUUCCUUUAGACAUGAUACAUGGAUGGAGGAAAUGCUGUAUGUGUAUAGAGGUAAAGCCAGCAUUUGUGAAGAAAUAGAUUACUGAUUGAAGAAUGCCCCUGCACUUUACCAGCCCCCUAGGCUUCCCUGUUAUCUUCAUCCAAUUUACCAUCUCCAAAGUCGCAUUAUAAAAAAAGAUGGUCGAUGGAUUCAGGAAAUGCUCGACACAAUGUACACCUGUUACCAUCCAUACCUGAGUAAACUUGGCUAAUCUUUCCCGUAAUGCAUCAAGAGCCAGAGAAUGAAUUUGUGUUUAAGGACAACAACCCUGUGCCAAAUCAGAGCACUCCAUUGGAAGGUAUUAUGCUUUCCCUGGAGCAUCAUUGUUUCCUCCAAUACCAACAAAUGUCCUAACCUGGUUGGUAAUCCCAAAUAAACUUGCCCUUAUUCAAGGUUGGUAUGUGCUCAUCUUACCCAAAGAGUAUUCUCUUGUCCAUGUUAAUGUCUCAAAGAUGUUUUGCAAGAAGGGCCUUAUUCAGAUUUUUAUAGUCCAAACCCCCCUCUGAUUUGGGAGCACAAACAGUUCCCCAGCUUAUGGGUGGCCUUGUUUCAUAAAUAUCUGGUCCUCCCCAAACAAAAUUCCAGCAAACUUGUUCCACUUUUGAAAAUUCUGUUGGGGAAGCGCAAAAUACUGAAGCCCAGAAGGUAAAUUAAUGUCUACUUCUCCAACAUCUAAAUAAAGUAUGCUGUUUUACAUGACAAUGUCUUAGCUAUAUGUUUUGAAUUUUGAUUGUUUUAUUUUUAAUAAAAAAUAUUUUCACCAGCGACGAUAAGAGUUAUACGAAUUAU